CCAAGUCAGAAGGGAAUCAGUUUAUGUUCUUCAACCUUCAAGAUGGCACCUACAUGGAGUUUCCUGUUGUUACUUGGAAACUUUCUUGCCUUUGGAAAUUCAGAAUGCCCUAGGAUUAUCAGCAAAGAAGAGUGGGGCGGAAGACCUCCUGUGGGCUCGACCGAGCCACUGAGCCUGCCAGUGCCAUUCGUCGUGGUGCACCAUGGUGGGAUGAGGAAGUACUGCACGACAAUGGAAGAGUGCGUUGCCAUUGUCCGAUCGUACCAGAACUAUCACAUAGAUUUCAACGGCUGGAACGACAUCGGUUACAACUUUCUGGUUGGUGAAGAUGGAAACGUGUACGAGGGACGCGGCUGGGAGGCCGUGGGUGCUCAUGCUCCCACGUAUAACACGAGGAGCAUAGGCAUGUGCAUCAUAGGGGACUUCACAGAUCGCCUGCCAAACCCGGCAGCCCUGAACGCGCUCCAGCAGCUGAUCGACUGUGGAGUGGCCGAGAAAAAGAUCGAGGCCCAGUACCAGCUGAUUGGCCACCGCCAGAACGCUGCCAGCAAGACGGAAUGCCCCGGUAACAAGCUGUUCCAGGAGAUCGAGUCCUGGCCCCACUGGACUCCUGACCCCACGAGUUUCAGCGGAGUACAGACGGCACGCAACCCAGACUUGGUGCCAGAGGAAAACAAUGGACUGGGGCCAUCAGUGCCUAUGCCAUGUACCACAUCUACACUUGCACUACCUCUCUCGAUAUACAUUGCAACGAUCACUAUCACGGAUGUCAUGACGAUUGCCAGGGGCAUUCCAAACAGCGGUGACACCUACCGGCUAAUUAGUGAAACUUCAUGA